CUUUGAUAGAUGCAUAUUUAGAGAAAAGCCAAUCCCUACCGGCCUUGAGUCAACCACCACACGUUUAGUUUCAUUAUAUCUUUAAAAUGUCCCUCUAUGCUCGACAACUCAACAUUAAUGACCUAGAGCGGUCGCUGGCCGUUGAAACUGCCGCGUUUCCUCCCGCCGAGGCAGCUACUCGUGAAAAGAUUGAGUAUCGCCUAACAGUCUGUCCUGAGAUAUGCAUUGGCCUCUUUCUUCGUGCUGGCGCCAGCUUGCCGUCUCCCAUUCCUCAUGAUAUCCCAUUCGUGGAGGAUUCGACAUCCAGCGACGAUGUGCUCCUCGCACAUGUCAUCUCUACUAAAACGACCAACAAACCCGUCAAAGAUGAAGACAUGGACUACCCCCGCAACUGGAAAGAAGAUCCCCAAGGUGACUACGCCGUGGGUCACAACAAGAAUGGACGAACCAUUGCUCUCCAUGCUCUUGCUGUCGCUCCCGAUUAUCAGAGGGCCGGGCUGGGCAAGGCCAUUAUGCGCGUUUAUAUCCAGAGAACAAAGUCACUCAAUGCUGCGGAUCGUAUAUCUAUCUUGACGUAUGACCGUCUUGUUCCGUACUACCAGAGACUUGGAUUUGAGCACUAUGGGAAGAGCGAGUCUGAAUAUGCUGGGGUGGCUUGGCAUGAUCUUUCCUACAUACUAUCUUCGCCUCUGUAAGAAAUUCCUACCAUAGUGAUGAUAGAUGUGCCCCAGCGAUGGACUUCACGUCGAAGAGGCUCGCAUGGUCCAGAAUACAAGGGCAGCUAAAUCCAUUUUCAUAUUGUGCCCAGCUACAUACCUUCCACCAAAAUAUAUUCGAUGAAGAAUAAGCAACGAAUGAUGAGUCGGGCCGUGACAUUUACCCCAAAUGGAAUCCAACGGUGUGUGU